UCGGCCUCACCGCAUGCGUAUCACUGAUACAACUCAGUCAGGCUUCGUGGGUUGUCGGAACAAUAAAACUUUAAACAGGAUAAAACAACGGAAAGUGCAAGCCUGGGGAGAGUAAUGAAUAGAAAGAGAAAGAGAGUAAAAAGGGGGGGAAGGGCAAACCGUCAGGUGCGUCCGUUAUAUUUUUGUGUUUACGAGAGACCCUGAGACCCGUGACGUAAGCGUAUAGCGUUAUCGCUGGCUAAAGCCACAGCUGAGUUGGUUCGGCGCUGCACAAACUAUCGGAGGCUCGCUCCACGCAGCGUCGGAAUUGUCGGCGAAGACGACGUCGCGCUUCGGAUCGGUGUGUGCAACCAUACUAACCGCCUGCCGGUUACCUGGGGUCCGCUGGGAGCUUGCGUCCCUUGCCUUCGUCCACCCGUCAUCUCUCUUCUGGGGAAUUUUCUCUGGUCCGUGAAAAGCCAAUAUGAUCAACUGCGUCGCCUACCAGUACCGGAACCACAAGUCCACCAAUGUGGUCUUCCAGAAGCACCAUGUCAGCCGAGACAAGCGUGGUCAGAUCAUGGGCCAGAAGGGUGGCUUCAGAGGCUGCACCAUCUGGUUCACGGGUCUUUCGGGAGCUGGAAAAACCACGGUGUCGUUCGGCGUGGAGGAGUACCUCUGCAUGCACGGCAUCCCAGCCUAUGCGCUCGACGGAGACAACAUUAGGCACGGCUUGAACAAGAACCUGGGCUUCUCGUCGCAAGACCGGGAAGAGAACAUUCGGCGAGUGGCCGAGGUUGCCAAGCUCUUCGCCGACUCCGGAGUGGUCUGCCUCACCAGCUUCAUCAGUCCCUAUGCAAAGGACCGCACCAUGGCAAGGGAGAUUCACGAACAAGCGGGUCUGGUCUUCAUAGAGUGCUUUGUUGACACGCCGCUGGAAGUCUGCGAGAAGAGGGACGUCAAGGGCCUCUACAAGAAGGCCCGUGCAGGCCAGAUCAGAGGGUUCACGGGUAUUGACAUGCCGUACGAGGCCCCUGCCUGCCCAGACCUCCUGAUCAAGGCCGGCAAGGACACUAUCAAGGACUGCGUGCAGCACGUGGUGCAGCUUCUCAGGGAAAGGGGGGUGAUCCCUGGCAGCGUGGUGGACUGUGUGAAGGAGCUGUUUGUGUGCCCUGAGCACCUGCCCCUGGUGGUGGAGGAGGCGGCCGGCCUCCCCACCCUGGACAUCACGGACCUGGACCUGCAGUGGGUGCAGGUGCUCUCCGAAGGCUGGGCCACGCCCCUGACGGGCUUCAUGCGAGAGUCCGAGUACCUCCAGAGCCAGCACUUCGGCUGCCACCUCGAGGGAGGGGUGACGAACCAGUCGAUUCCCAUCGUGCUGCCCGCGACGACGCAAGACAAGGAGCGCCUCGAGGACGCGGAGUCCAUCGCCCUCAGAUGGAACGGCAAGGUGUACGCCAUUCUGCGGCAGCCGGAGUUCUUCCCGCACCGCAAGGAGGAGCGCUGCUCUCGACAGUUUGGGACUAGCACCCCGGGACAUCCCUACAUCAAGAUGAUCAACGAGAGUGGUGACUGGCUGGUCGGAGGUGACCUGGAAGUGUUGGAGCGAAUCCGGUGGAAUGAUGGCCUGGAUGAGUACCGGUUGACACCCCGCGAGCUCAGGAAGGUCUUCUCUAAGUUGGGGGCGGAUGCCGUGUUUGCGUUCCAACUGAGGAAUCCGGUGCACAAUGGACAUGCGCUUCUUAUGCAAGACACGAAGAGGCGCUUGAUGGAGAAAGGCUACAAGAAGCCCGUGCUUCUGCUCCAUCCUCUGGGUGGGUGGACCAAAGAUGAUGACGUCCCACUGGCCAUUCGCAUGAAGCAGCACAAGGCGGUCUUGGACAGUGGCGUGCUCGACCCCAAGUCAACCGUCCUGGCCAUCUUUCCUUCCCCCAUGAUGUAUGCUGGUCCCACUGAGGUCCAGUGGCAUGCCAAGGCUAGGAUGGUGUGCGGCAGCAACUUCUACAUUGUGGGCAGGGAUCCCGCGGGACUGCCUCACCCCGAGAAGCCGGGAGACUUGUACGACCCGACGCACGGCGCUAAGGUGCUCACGAUGGCACCGGGCCUGACCCAGCUGGAGAUCAUUCCGUUCCAAGUGGCUGCCUACGACACAAAAAAGAAGAAGAUGACCUUCUUUGAGCCCGAGCGAAGAGAGGACUUCGAGUUCAUCUCGGGCACCAAGAUGCGUACCCUGGCAAGAAGCGGCCAGGAGCCACCGGCAGGGUUCAUGGACCCUUCCGCCUGGAAGGUCCUCUCCGAGUACUACCGCUCCCUAGCAAACUGAUGUACAGUUCUUUUUUUUUUUUUUUUUAAUCUUUUUUUUACACUUGGAAACCGGUUUUUGCAGAGCCUUUUUUUAAACCUGUUGUUGGAGUUGAUGAGAGAGAAUAUAUUAUAUUAUUAUACGUGAAGAAGAGCCCCGUUGUGCAGUAUUUUUUGUAUACUUGUUUUUAGCAUUGCGCCGAUGCGGUAGACUGUUGUGCACGCACGGCUGGUUUUUUUUGCAUAGUUUUUUGCGCCAGUCGUCUUCUUGUUACUGAUCAAAGAGUGUCGAGAAGGAGUGUUGCAGUAGAGACAUAUCUAUGUGUGAGUUAGAGGGCUUGUUGCACUUAGCAGUGUUGCGUUUGGUGACCUGGGAACGUUGUGUUGAUGGUGAUAUGCGAUGAGGAGGAGGCAGGGAAGACCUGGCAGUGUAUGGGCUACUUCCCUCUUUUUUUUUGUAGUUUCUAUUGUCUUUUGCCAGCUGUAUUUCCUCCUGCAUAAGUUUUAAUGGCAUAAAGUGUUUCGUGCUAAGUGCUCACUGAACUACCUCUUAUGUGGCACGUUGUAUACUUUGUUUUCGCAACACUCAUUGUGGGACCAAUUCGACCUAACUUCGUAAGUUAUAAGAAAUCUCGCAAAGAAAGCUUUGUUCUUAUGUAGUAUAUAUCAGCUUGAGACCUGUAAUCAAGACGGCAGCAAUGGAAAUAUUUUUCUUCCAUGCUCACUGCUAUUGCAACUACUGCCUGCAAGCUCCCACAUAUUUUAAAAGUUUCUACGAGAACUAUUUUAUGCAGCUGUCUGGGCUGCAUUAUGCGUGUAUACCGCAUACGGUGAUCACUGUGCAAUUUUUUUCUACAGCACUGUUGUGGCAGACUUUCGAUUCGUUUGAGAAUUCUUGAUAUACACUUUUUAUUAAUAAAGAUGUUUUAAACUUGCC